UGAGUGACCAGUGGACUUCAGCAUGGCGGUGCCCAACUCUUUCUUUAACUUAGCUUCCAUUAUUAUUUCCCACAACCAAUUAUUUUGUGGAUUUAUAGUAGCACUAACACGCAAUGCAGCGCCAGAAGUUCAGCUUAGUUUAGUUCCGUGGAUGUUGUUGUUCUUCCGUUAUAUUUACACGUGAUUCCUACGUCGUCCUAUCACAGGGACGUAUCACGGUCACGUGAUCGUCGCCAUGGUGCCACAUGAAGCUACAUCGGUUACAUGCUACCACUGUAGCUUCAGUGUCCUUCUGCUGCAAAACCGAAAUGAGCAGCAAUGACAUUUGUCUGCUUCUCGGAGCGACUGGUGUCGGAAAAACGUUGUUGAUGAAACGUUUACAAAAGCUCAGUUUGCAUGGAUUAGGUGAACUAGGGGAAGCUCCUUCUACUCUGCCUACAGUAGGAACCAACCUCACAGACCUGACACUGAAGAAGAAGAAGGUGACACUCAGAGAGCUGGGAGGCUGCAUGGGCCCUAUAUGGCCGAGUUACUUCAAAGACUGCUCCUCUGUCAUUUUCACAGUGGACUCAGCAAACAUUGCUCAGAUAUCCUCGUCCUGCAUCCAGCUGCUGUCGGUACUCUCCGCUGAGCCUCUGCACAGUGUUUCUGUGCUUAUUCUGUUCAACAAGAGGGACAUGCCGUGCACCAUGAGCCUCGUGGAGAUAAAAUCACUGUUUAGAAUGGACGACAUCAUUGCAUCUGCUACUCAGCCACUCACGAUACUGGAGCUCAGUGCCCACACUGGACAGGGACUUCAGGAGGUGCUGAGCUGGUUGGAGUCCAUCAUAGUCAAGUGAACUAUCAUCGGUUUGUGAUUCUACUCUCACAUGAGUUUGGAUGACUUCAAGCCUUUUGUUAAAAGAUGUCGGUAUCCUCAGUGUGCAAAUACAGAGGAUUUAAUGUGUUUAGUGUUGGACCCACUGAAAAGCUGUUGCUGUAUUUUUGGUACCAAAUACAUAUGGUGACUGUUAAGGGUGAAUGGGGAAGGAGAUGUAUUGGUGAUAUCAUGGCAGGAGUGAAUUAUUGUAUGGUUGACCAUUUGUCAAACCAACACUACUGUAGUUCUUACCUCAUGUUAAGUAUUCAUUAUACUGGUCACUUUAAAUAGUUCAAUCCUGCACAGAUAAACAGCGAACUGCUUGGAUUUGUGACCAACUAGAGUGUGAUCCUCAUGCUCCUCUCAUAAAGGACUAGUUUUAUUCUGAAACUACAUAAGCUCUCACAGUUAAUGACUAGUUAAGUGUGAGCAACACAUGAGAGUGAUGACUGUAAGUGACACAGCAUAGUGGUAGUGAGUCACUACCAGCAGGGGGCAUACAGCGCACAACAAAUAUUGUAACUGGUACUGGGCGUGUGCCUGGCUGGUGAUGAUUUCAGAAUUAAAUGUGUUGAUGUCACAGGAAUUGAGGAAAUACAAAACAAGGAAACCAACUGAAGAAUGAGGCAGUGUUCCAAUUGUACCCUUAUAUUUGAUGAAUCAGUGGUUCACAAGCAAUCAAUAAAACUCAUGAUUUAUACAUUUUCUAAUGUUGCCUUGCUUAUAGUGAAUUCUGAAGCACUUCCAGUCCUCCCAAACUACAUUUCAAUCAGUUAAACCCCAGGAAUUCAUUUCACAAUAGUAAAAUCAAGUACUACACACUGAUAAUUCUCAUCAGUAACCGUAUUGAUUCGGCAACAUUUCAAGAACCGGACAGGUCUAUAGCUCGGGUCUCUUUUAAGAAAUCUAUUUUUUUUUACACUUGUAUGUACCAGCAGCAGUAGCCAGCGAAGCCAAUCACACAAAACAGCUGAGUGAGCAAGAGACUUGUUGACGAAGUGAAAAGCCCUAAUACAUUUGCCUGGUAAUUGUGGCUAAGUGAAGCGACAACAAAAUAUUAUCAAACUGUGCUUUUGUGUAUGUUUUUUUUUUUUCUUCUUCUGAUUUCAGAUUGCAAUAGGUUAUGGCCAUAAGAAUGUUUACAUGACACUAAUGGUUUCUGAUACAAAGGUGUUAUUUUUUUUUAUACUCUGUUACUGCAUCAUCGACAAGAGGAGCAGGACAGAUUAUUGCAGUAAGGAGCAGAACCAGCUUGCAU